AUGUCAACCAUACUAUCACCGUCCGAAGAAUCUGAAGCAAGGCCACGAAAGGAUGUUUCCAAGUUCGAAGACGACAAGAAGAGAAAGAUUGGCAGUCAUUCACAAACCUCUCAACGGCUUCAAGGAGUCAUUACAAAAAACAGUACCUGCAUUUCCGAGGCCAACCGAGGUCUCCUCAGCUUCGUUUCACAAUAA